GGUCUCUAUAUGCAGCCAGUGCGUGGCAGUCCAAAGUGGGCGGGGAUUUCAGCUCGGACCGGAAGAGAAGCGGCGACAACCCGAAACAGAGCUAACAAACGAUGGCUGCAAUCAGGAAGAAGCUGGUGAUAGUGGGAGACGGAGCGUGUGGGAAGACCUGCCUGCUGAUCGUCUUCAGUAAAGACCAGUUCCCAGAGGUCUAUGUGCCCACUGUGUUCGAGAACUAUGUGGCUGACAUCGAGGUCGACGGCAAACAGGUGGAGUUAGCGUUAUGGGACACAGCAGGACAGGAGGACUAUGACAGACUGAGACCUCUCUCCUAUCCCGACACUGACGUUAUACUCAUGUGCUUCUCUGUAGACAGCCCAGAUAGUUUAGAGAACAUUCCAGAGAAGUGGACUCCGGAGGUGAAACACUUUUGUCCUAAUGUUCCCAUCAUCCUCGUGGGCAACAAGAAGGACCUGAGGAACGACGAACACACACGCAGGGAGCUGGCCAAGAUGAAACAGGAGCCAGUGAAGUCGGAGGAGGGCAGAGACAUGGCUAACCGGAUCGGUGCCUACGGCUGUCAGGAGUGCUCAGCUAAGACCAAGGACGGAGUCAGGGAGGUGUUUGAGAUGGCCACCAGGGCGGCGCUACAGGCCAAGAGACGUGGAAAGAAGAACGCCUGCAUGCUGUUAUAGGCCCCAGGGAGAAGUUGCCCCUGGAUACUGAUCUUGGACCAGUUUUACCCUCCCAAAAUAUAGUUGUAAUCAUUUAAAGGGAUAGUGUCACAUUUUGGCAAUGACUGAAAGUCUGACAGGGUUCCCCAACUGGUGCCCCGAUUUUAUUUACCCCCUCGCCCAAGUUUUCUGAGCAAAAAAUAAAUACAAGUUUACGUUAUUUUAUUGUUGGACAUAAAGACUGUAAAAACCCCUGAAAAUCAGUUCCAAGUGAUUUUGAUUUUGUAAAUCUGUACCAAAGUAUUCUCAGUCAUAAUAGAGAGACAUAUGUAAUUGUA